UCAAAUUAAUGCAAGAAAGAUUUAAUACUAACGAAAUAGAUAAAACCAAUACCUCCACAAAUAGUAACAACAACAGCACUACUAAUUUAAAUAGUUUAACAAAGAGUAACAAUAUAGAUUAAUAAUAUAGUCAGUCAGCUCUUACUUUUUUUUCUCUUUUCUUUUGUAGAAAUAUCUCGAUUUUAGUUUGCGAUUCAUAGUGUUGGAAAUACUUCAAUGAUUUGUCAGACUUUUUCUCACCCUCAUUAAUAUACAAUCACUAACAAUACCAUCAUUUAAUCACUGACCGAAACUAUAUAUAUCAAUAAUUCUCUCUAAAGAAUUAGAUUUAUACCUUUUAAGAUCCAUUACGAUUCACACGUACUUAAAAUGUCUCUUUCUACUGUAUCUUCCUUGUUAAAAGUCCCUGAGGGUUCUCAAAUCAUCACUCUUGCUGCUGGCUGUUUUUGGGGAACUGAAAUGAUCUACAGAAAACAUUUUGGUGAUGGCAAAGGACUAAUCGAUUGCAAAGUUGGUUAUGCUAAUGGGUUUGCUCCCAAUCCAAGCUAUAAACAAGUCUGUGGUGGCCAAACAAACCAUGCUGAAGCUUUGCAAAUAUCUUUUGAUCCCAAAAUUGUUGAAUUCAAGACUCUAAUCGAUUUCUUCUUCAAAAUGCACGAUCCAACAACUGUUAACAGACAAGGCCCCGAUAUUGGUACCCAAUAUAGAUCUGCUAUCUUUACUCAUAAUCAACAACAAUUAGUCGACUCAGUUUAUGUAAAAGAAUCAUUACAAAAAUCUUUUUAUCUUAAUCAUAAAAUUGUAACUCAAAUUGAACCAAUUACUCAAUUUUGGGAUGCUGAGGCUUACCAUCAAAAAUAUUUAAUCAAUAAUCCCUCAGGUUAUGAAUGCCCAACUCAUUUUUUAAGAACUCAACAAAAGGUUUGAUGAUUUUCCCCCCAAAAAAAAUAAAAAUAGUCAUUAUAUAUUCUAUAAAAAAAAUUAUUCUGCAUUACUUGAUUACAUUAUUCAAUUAACACAUAUAUAAUGAAUAUUCGAUCAUAUCGUUAUAUAGCUCUUUCAUUUGAACGUCAAUCUUGCCAAAUAUGUUGGCUCAGUUGUUCCAAGUUGUGAUAAAAAUUCCUUGACAUAAUUAUCACAUUCUCCCAAAAUGUACUCUUGGUCUCUCACAUCAACUUUUUUAUUAUAUAAGAUUUGUUUCAUGAAUUCAAGUGGUAUAUCAUUAUAGUCAUUGACCAAUUCUUUAAAUUUUUCAACCAAUUCAUCCACAUCUUCUAAAAAUAUAAAAUCAAUUAAAUAUUCAAACAUUC